AUGCCUCCCUCUCGCAGGGACCGUCAGAGCCACGUCUAUAAAUCUUAUAAUCUUCGUUCCUCGAAGUGGAGUCCUUCAAUAUUCAGUUUCGAGCUAUCAUCAAUUCGCGAGGUACAUUUUACAGCGUGCCAAGCUGGAGCCCUCAGUGGUGACAUAAAGCGGUUAAGAAAGUCACACUGGCUCAAGGAGUUGGCUAUGGUAAAGCGAGAGCAAACAAAGGCUUUCACAGAGCGAGACGGCGUGGCUGCUGCUCACCAUGAGUUGUUGCAAGCCGUCAAAGCCGCAUUGCAAUGCCCAAUCUGCAAAACAGGAAUUGAGAAGCCUUUCACGAAUCAUAUCACACCCUUUACAGGUGCCGAAAUCAAAACAUUGUGCGACGGCCAAGACCCCAUCCUUCCUGGUCGCUACUAUCACUGUCCAGCCUGUCGGGCAUUUAUAAAUGACCCUCCUGCCAAAAUUCUGUUCCUCCGCGAUGGGAUUGCGAAGAUGUCUGACCUACUCAAUCCCGAUGUAAGACGUGCGAAUCAGGGGGUACCUGCAGAUCCAGCUGCAUGGUGGGGAAUCUUCUUCAAAAGGGACCUUGAUUCAUUCCCUGGCGCCAUUGUUGAAACCCUGCCAACAUACAGAGAAGCCGAAAUGGAGCGCAUCAAUCCUUCUUCAGUCCCAGCAAUCAUGAUGGGCAGUAGAUCCGCAUCUGUAUCUGUAACGCAUGGACAAGAAGGAAUAGUAUUGCAUCACGCCAAAGGCUACCCCUUCAAUUCUGGGUCAAGCACCACGCGCUCACGGAGUCACAUAGAUCUUGCAGACGAGGGAAGUCAGCAGCCAUCAUUCCAUGAACAACCCUUUCCGAAGGGUACUGGUACAGGAACAACAAGAUGGUUCCGCUCAUCCAGUACACAUCAACUUCUCUGUCCGAAUGAGGACAUUGCUGGUGUGGUUGGGGACCUCUACAUCCACACGAACACUCACUCUAACACAACAUAUCUAUGGGUCCUACAUCCUGUUGAAGGAUGGAUUCCCAUCAAAGCAGGGGGCGAUCACCCAACUGUGCCCAAGAGGCGCUUACAAAUUCGUAAAGAUGGUGACCCAAGCUGGGUCCAGAAUCGAUCAUUAAUUUCAAUCCAGUCAAGAGAACAUUGCCGCUGA